GAUGGCAAAUGUGUACGUGUGGUUCGUGCCAGACGUGCUGUUCCCUUAGAAGCAGCCUUCUGCCUUUUUUGCGCCUUUUUCCCCCGUGCAGGUGCACGAGGUUGUUUACCUCGUGGAUGGCUCCCGGGGUGGGGGGGGCGCCGGCGCGGUAUUGCCCGACUCGCCUUGGCGGCCGCAGCUCUGCAACAGCAGCAGCAAUGUCGAGACAAAACUGCAUUUAGUACCGGUUCUCUACAGUCCAGUCUUUGGAUAAGAUUAUAAUACUUAUUAUUAACAUCUGUAAAGAGUCCCAUAGAGAGCAGGACUUGCUGUUCUGCCCAGCAACGGAAAUACUGCUCACUGUUACAUGUUUUACCGAUGCAAGAGAAAGGAGAAAUAGGAGAUGAUGACGAAACUCUUCGGAGUGAUUGCUUUGCAAGCCCGAACUUAAAACCAAAGUGCAGUUACAGUUUAUACAUUACAUCUAAACCUAUUUAAUAUGCAUCUGCUAUUGAACGCUGUUGGAGAGAGUAAGUUGGACCUUUGGACUGUCAGAACUUUGUUCUGUUCUCAGUUUUUUGAAGUACAUCAUUACUUAGGUCUAACCACACAUGGCUCCUGGUAUCUCAAAUGAGAAGAAAACUGAAGAUGAACAGUCUUCAAAAGAGACUUUUAUCCACCUCUGCAACCCUCACCUGGAGAAAAUGGAAGAAGACAUCCUGUACCAUUUUGCUCUUGGGACUGGUACCCAUGAUUUUCCUGCAUUGUUUGGAGAUGUAAAGUUUGUAUGUGUUGGAGGAAGUCCUUCGCGGAUGAAAGCUUUUAUCACCUACAUAGCUGAAGAACUGGGACUUGGGAGCCCUGGUUAUGAGUAUCCUAACAUCUGUGCGGGAACUGACCGUUAUGCGAUGUACAAAGUGGGACCUGUCUUAUCAGUCAGUCAUGGUAUGGGCAUUCCUUCUAUUUCCAUCAUGUUGCACGAGCUGAUCAAACUGUUACAUCAUGCAAAGUGUUCCAACGUAACCAUUAUUCGCAUUGGCACCUCUGGUGGAAUAGGUCUGGAACCAGGCUCAGUGGUUAUAACUAGGCAGUCUGUAGAUGCCACCUUCAAACCUCAGUUUGAACAGGUUAUUCUGGGAAAGACUGUAAUUCGCAGUACAGAUCUAGAUGAACAGCUAGCUAAGGAGCUGAUGCAGUGCAGUAAAGAAAUCAAUCAAUUUAACACAGUCAUUGGAAACACUAUGUGCACUUUGGAUUUCUAUGAAGGACAAGGCCGGUUAGAUGGUGCAAUCUGCUUAUACACUGAAGAAGAGAAACUGCGAUAUUUGAAGGAAGCUUAUGAUUCUGGAGUCCGAAACAUUGAGAUGGAAUCUUCUGUCUUUGCUGCAAUGUGUAAUCUCAGUGGCGUUAAAGCUGCCGUGGUGUGUGUCACUCUCCUGAAUCGGCUCAAAGGGGAUCAGAUUAGUAGCUCACAUGAAGUACUUGUGGAGUAUCAGCAAAGACCACAGAGAUUAGUGGGUUAUUUCAUUAAGAAAUGUCUUGGGAAAGUAUGAAAUACUCAUUUUUGUUUCAUAGAAGCAGAAGGCCAGUGCUUUUUCACAGCUGAAGUCAUGGUCACAACUUCUGUGCAAUAAAGGUCUUCUGCCUUAGAAUAGCUUACAACAUUCUAUUUGUAUGUGGAAGUUAAUCAUUUAUAUCAGUAUGCUUUGAGAACAGAAUAUGUUGAACAGACUUGAAUUAAGAUUAGCUUAGUUAUGUGUUGCUGGGCUGUAAGGUUUUCACUUUUCUAUGAGUUGGAAAGUGGAUCUGUUGUAAGGGACUAACUUGCUGUGAUGUAUGAAAAAGCUUUAUUUAUCCGUGCUGUUAUGGGAAAAACUAGGAAAAAAAGGUCGAACUUUACGCAAAGUACUUGCAAACCCCCAAAUUAAAAUUAGCUUAAAGAAACUAUUCCUUCCUCAUUGUUUAAAAAUAUAUAUGUUAUUAUAGUUGCCUUUUCUUCACUUCAUAAAGAAAACUUACAGUGAAUGCAGUUUAUUUUCUGCAGACUUUGACAAAUAAGCAAUACUAUCUCCAUAUAUUAAAAUUUCAUGAAAUUCCAAAGUGUGGGACUGAAUUUCCUAAGGAUUAAGGACUUGACUCUGAGCUGUUGAAUAUCUGUAAUUCCCAGAUAGUGAUCCAACACUGGCAUUCAUAUUCCAUUUUAAGUAUGUGAUUGAGUCUGUGCCCAGGGAACUUACGCAUAUAAAUAACUUUGCAUUGUAGAAUUUGAAAUCCUUUGUUGAAUCAAGAAGAGGAACCAAAGGCACUCAGAGGAGAUGUACAGCAUGUUCACAGGGCUGCAUAAUGGUGGUUCAUUUUCUUCUUCUCAUUUUGUUUUUUUUUUAAAUUGGUUUUCACCUCUGUCUUCAGAACAUAACCCUUACAGUGAUUCCCAUUACUGGGGAACACCUAUUGACUGUACAUGCCACCACACCCAUCUCUGCACGUUUUUCCAUUACCAUUGGCCUAGUGGGUGUUUUUUUUUGGGAGGGGGGUGGGGGGAGAUAGCACUCAGGUAACUCAGUACAGCAGAUCUAAGAGGGAGUGAUAUAGUAGUAGGCCUGUUCACCAAGAAGUGGCAGGAACUCCAGAGCAGUUUGAUGAAAAUGUUAAAAAUGGAAGGAAUGACUCUUGUGGAUGGGAAACUGCCAAAGGGUAUUAAUGUCCUAAAAUUUGAUGAUCUUUAGACUGCAGGAUAUAAUGGGGGUGCAUAGUGGAAAAGAUAAAAAUGCUGUAUUUCUUUUUUUAUCCAAACAUGAUGCUCUUGCUUUACUAAUUUAGUCUUUAAUUUAAAAAACACAUUUUCUCAUUUUAUACUCAGAAGGUACAAUGUAAGUUUUCAGAGAAUGCAUUUUUUCCCCAAAGUUAACGGAAGGAGUCAGGUGGGAAGGGCUCCAUGUUUUGUUUGAAUGGUUUCUGCUUUAUACAUUUUUUUAAAAAAAGCCUUUAUCAAGACAGCAAAAAAAAUCUAAUAUGUUUGUGUUAAGCUUUGAGGAAACAUAGUAUUGUAGCUGUAUUGGAGAUACAAUCUGAAAUGGUGUGAAUUUUUUUUAAAGGAAGGGCAGCAGGAAUCUGGAACGUGUGGUAAACAAAGAAAAAAGAUCCCAAAUCAUGUAACAGUGUGUAACAACUGAAACUACAAAGCUUUCAUAUCAACAGUCAUAUAAAGUAGUUACUUCUAUCAUACAGUUGAUGCUUCCUCAUAAGAAAGCUGUUAUGUAAUACAUGAUGAAAUAUAACUGUCAUUGUGGUCUGGGCUAGUUGGAGCUAAGGUUCAAAUGAUCAUGGGGUGAUUCCACAGAAAUGAGUACACAAGACUAAUUUUACUAAUCCCUAAUUCUGCUAAUCCCUAGCAGAAAUCUCUGGAAGACUUCAGCCAUUCACUUUCUUCUGAUGUGUUGUCUCUCCUCCCUCUGUUCCUUAUAGCAGUGCAUUUUUUUUCCUGUUACAGUCUUUUUCUUCAAUGUUUACUAAGAUCUGGAGCAAAGGAAUGUAUGACAGCUUGAAGAAGGGGGGGGAGGGGAAGAAUUCAAAGGAAACAGAAUAUCCUGUAGUUUUCCGUUAGUCCAUCCUGUAAUACUGUAUUCCUAAUACAAGAGGGGGCUAUAUAAACACCUCUUAAAAUUGUGCUUCCUUCUAAUUCCCCUAGGUGCAAAAAAAUACUUCUCUUUGUUUCAGAGGAAACUCUUACCAUAAUGUUACCCUGAUAAGAACAACUGGACAGAGAGAUAAAGAAAUGACUCAGCAGCAUGCAUCUGACAGUAAAGUUACCUUCCUUUAGAUUUUACAUAGAGGUCUAUAAAGAAUUUUAAAAUACUUCACUGACUUUUAUGUGCAAAUCAGUUCUUUGAUAUUAACCGUUCACAUUCCAUCUGUAUCAUAUAGAAAACAAGCUCAUGUAGGCUGCAGGGUAUGAAUCAGGAUUUGGAGUACUGAUAUUAAAGGCACAGAGAACCUGCAGUGUAUGUUCACUAUUACAUAGUGCAGCAUCUCCUGGUCAAUCUACAAAUCCUGCUACCCCCUGAAACCUCCAUUUCAAAUCAAAGGCCAACUAUUUUCCUCUGUGCUACUCCCUACCCAGCAAUACAUUACUGAAUCAGUUUACCUCAGAUAUCAGAUGAGAUAAAAGUGAAGGAGGAAGGUAGAAGAUAUGAAUAGCAUAGAGUUGUAAAGGGAAAAAAAUACUGGUUCGUACUAAUGAUCUGUUCUUUGAUUAUUUAUGCUCUUCCAACCCAUUCUUACCUUUAUAUUAAAGCCAAGGUUUAGACUACAAUGAAGAUGUGUCAGGAUAAAAUACAUUUGCUUCACAUUUGCGGUAGACUGAGAAUGUGCAGUAAUUUGAUUAGUGAGUUGAAGAAGUGGAUUUUUGUUUUUGACAUCCUGAUGUACUUCAGAGAGAGAUCAUCUUUUAUAGAAGUUAUAGAAAGUCCUAAAAAGGAACAUUGUGAAUGACCUGCUACCAAAAGUACUUAGAGUAUAAGAGUUUGUAUCCUUUCUUUUAAAAAGCAAGCAAAAUAAUUUUUACCUGAGGAUAUUUUCAGUAUUUCCUGAAAAUAUAAUUAUACAUGCCUAAUAUGUAAUACCUUUUUUUUUUAAACCUACCUCAUAAGUAAUUCAGAUCAUUAUUUUAUAGCUCUGAUUUUAAAGAAUUUUCUGUGCAUUGUGUAACAAAACUGGAUUUUCUUCUCAAGUGCUGCUGGAUCUGAGUAUAUUCCUAAAUAAAGUGCAUAACUGAAUUUUAUAAAGUUGAA